UCAAUGUGGGAUAGUUUCUGACCACCGUUAUUUAUUUGUCUCUCAUCACCUUGUCCAAUGCAAAUUCUUGACUCUUGACAAGGUGAUGAUGCUGGAACUUUUGUUUGGUGCCGUUCCAGUGAGAUUUACAAAGAUGACUGCCUGAAGAAGACAUCAAAAUCCAGUUGUGGCUAAACAAUAGCAUAUGUUGGUUAGCAACCGUGUGGCUACAUUUGACGAGCCAUCUUUGCAGAAUUUGCGCGAAAGCAUUCGCGUCGACUUCCGUCUUAAUAACGAAUCGGGAAAGGAGGAAGUGACGUAUGCCGUUAAGCAGUCGGUACAUUUGUAGUUUUUUUGUGUGGCAUAGUUCAUGCCAUCCUCCUCAAAGUUAAUUAGUGCCGGUGAAAGCGGUACCGACACCCUCAAGUUAUAAAAGAGGUGUCAUUCAACUAGUCAGUUGACAUAUCACAAAUGUUAUGGAAAUAUUUCGUAAAGGUUGAAAAGUUACCUAGUGUUGCUUUAAUGCCAGUCGGUUCACUCCCAUAGGUGAUUCCUGUUGAUUUUAUGCCAUUUUUUCGAUGAAAUAUAAUAAAAAAGUGUGUCUAGAGCCCACAAUAAUGCUCUAAAGUCAGGGCCGGCCCAGGCUAUUUGGGGGCCCUAAGCAAAAUAAUGCAAAUGGACCCAUAUUUUUGGCCCACCAUUUUGUGACAGUGUACUGUGAAACCCAUACGUCUAUAUUUUGUAUAUUAAUCAGAUUUUGUUGCACUGCAUACUUCAAACUUCUCACCCCAAAUGAUUGUCAGAACUUACAGUAGAUAGCGCCAAACCUUUUUCUAAAAGAGGAAAUAAAGAACUUAAGGAAGGACUUUUAUUUUUUUAAAGCUUGUAAUCAAGUAUGAAAAACUCACAAAAGUCAAAUAAAGCAAACUGUAGUAAACAAAAUAGAAUAUAAAUUAAACAAUUGCCAAAUUGGGGGGCCCCCUAGUGGUCAGGGGCCCUAAGCAGCUGCAUAGUCUGCGUAUAGGCUGGGCCGGCCCUGUGACCAAAGUACAUGAAAAACUAAAAUAAAAAAACAGUAUUUCAAUGGGCGUCCUAUAAAGGGUUAAGGACUCGUGCAAAUAGUCGUAAAAUUCAAUUUAAUGCUUUACUGCUGAGUAUUUUGCAGAAAAUAAAGCCGUUUUCCACUAACGAGACUUCAUUUUCUUCUCAGUUUUACCGCCAGGAGGCACGCUUUAGCCGUUUUUCCGACCAGUCUAGCUCGAGGUUACUUUGGGAUGCGGGUUGCGUAACACGCAUCUUGCAUUAGGAAUAGUACUCCUAUUUUGGGAGCAGAAUUAUGGGAUGCUUUGUGUUGAAACUGCGGUAUGAUUCCGUGAAUUGCGAAGUAUUUCGCUUGAAUUGGGGAUUGUACUUCAUCGCAGUGGAGUUUUGUGAAUUCCGAGCUCACGCCGAGGUCCGUGAACGCACCGCGCUUCAGAGUACUACGAGUACAUCGUGUCGCGUCGACUUGAGUGACAGUCCCAGUCCCAGUCGCACACAAGCGGACCCGCGGACGAACGCCACCCCGGGCGGACGAACGCACGCUCCGGUUGCGACUCAACCGCGAACGGAACAGCCCCGGAACCGGCGCUGGAUUCGGCGGAGUUGCAAAGUUGCGAAGCGUGGGAGUUGGGGUUCGGAGGAGACCCGCGAGGACGUAAACAAGACCCGCAGGGAAGGGGUGGGGGUGCAGCGGGGCUCCGCACAUGGCCAAGCUGGGGAAGUCCGGACAUGUUUGAAUGAGCUCCGCCAACUUGCGAGGACAUAAGGCGCUGCCCGGACCGGCUUCGGACGCCAUGGAGGGUCAGGCGCCGGAGCCCGGCGAGGACGUGCGCUUGAGCGGCUACCUCCGCAAGCACAAGUCCAUGCACCGGCGCUACUUUGUGCUGCGCUCGGGGUCGGAGCGCGGCCCGGCCCGGUUGGAGUACUACGAGAGCGAGAAGAAAUUCCGCGGCAAGGCCCCCGUCCCAAAGAAGGCCGUGCUCCUGGAGACCUGCUUCAACAUCAACAAGCGGGCCGACUCCAAGAACAAGCACAUGAUCGUCUUGUACACGCGGGCGGAGAGCUUCGCGGUGGCGGCGGAGAACCAGGCGGACCAGGACGAGUGGUACCAGGCCAUGGUGGACUUGCAGUGCAAAAGUAAAAACCCCACUGACAAAGGGGCUGCCGGGGACUAUGGCGUCCCUAAUCCCGGACCGGCCUUCAAAGAGGUUUGGCAGGUGAAAGUCUGGCCCAAAGGUCUGGGGCAAGCCAAAAACCUGGUGGGCAUUUACCGUCUCUGCCUCACUGAGAAGACAAUCAACUUUGUUAAGCUCAACUCUGACGCCGCCGCUGUGGUACUGCAACUCAUGAAUGUCCGACGCUGUGGGCAUUCUGAAAAUUUCUUCUUUGUCGAAGUCGGCCGCUCUGCGGUGACAGGCCCGGGCGAGUUCUGGAUGCAGGUGGAUGAUUCAGUGGUGGCUCAAAACAUGCACGAAACAUUAUUGGAGGCUAUGAAGGCACUAAGCGAAGAGUUCCGCCAGCGAAGUAAAUCUCAGUCCAAUUCCGGUCCAGGAGGAGGUGCAACCGCUUCGAACCCUAUCAGCGUUCCCACACGCCGUCACCACUCAAACCCUCCACCCAGCCAGGUGGGGUUCACCCGCCGACCGAGAACAGAGCCUCCCGGAGGAGCUAACGGCGGGACGGGGAUGAGCAGCGCCAGCGCUUCUCCCACACCCCGACACAGCUUUCCGAGGUCUCGUACCGCCAGUGACGGGAGCAAGGCCGAGGAAGGCCUCACGGGAAUCCCCAGCUCCAGUCCCUCGGCUAAUGGAUCUUGUUCUACCACGCCCAUCCUCAGGUCAAAGUCGACUCGCUCGGCACCCGCCUCGACAGCUAAAACGCCUCCUGGUCUGAUGCGCUCUAUCUCAACUCCGGCACCCUCCCCAGCCCCGAGCUUGUCCUCCAGCUCUGGGCAUGGAUCAGAAUUUGGUGGCAUGGCAUCUUGUGCGGGUCCCGCGGCAGGGACCGGCACCUACAGUCGCGUUCCCAUGCAUUGCGCUUCUGCCUCAGGUUCCCCAAGUGACUACGGCUCCUCAGAUGAAUAUGGCUCUAGCCCGGGGGAACAAAACCUCCUUGUGUCCCCCAGCCUGCCUGGAAGUUCUGUCGGUAGCGUUGGCAGCCAGUCACUUGGCGAGGAGGGAGCUAAUUACAUUUUAAUGGGCCAGCAUAGUGGUGGAAAUAUCAGCACUAAUCAAAGCAGCGUGACGUCCAGCUCCUUGCCAGCACCCGGAGCGCCAGUCUUUGGCUCCCAAGGCCAGACGAGGAGAGUUCUUCGCCGUUCCUCAAGCCGGGAAUGUGAAGCGGAACGUAGGUUGCUGAGUAAGCGUGCCUCCCUACCUCCCAUGGCGUUAGAGAGGCUGGUCCCGUGUCAGCACAGAGCUGAGGAGCCGGCAGAGGAAGACUCGGCCGACUACGCUAUAAUGUCAAGGAGCACCAGCCGUGAGUCAUUUUCGUCUACGUCAUCCGCAACACAGAGGGAAUUUCUCAUGGCUGCUGGCUCAGCAGGAGGAGCAGGAGGGGGGUACUUGGAUGUGGCAGGAGAGUUCAAAGGUGAAAGCGGCGGGGAUUCAGCUGCUGUUGUCGAUUUAGGAGUGGAUAACGGCUACAUGUCCAUGUUGCCGGGAGUCACUCAGCCUCCGGUGUCUCUACCCCAAUCACCGGCUGUCUCUGUCCCAGACACGGAACCUAAAGCUGCUGAUGAUUACAUGGCAAUGACUCCUAACAGCAGCGUGUCCCCGCCGCAGCAGAUCCGACCUCCGCCGACCUCAGACGGUUACAUGAUCAUGUCUCCAAACAGCAGCUGCUCGCCUGAUCAACGUGGUGGUCUUUCUUCAGGGGCUUGGGUGGGCAGUGGGAGUGCAGAUAGCAGGGCAGGUAGCGAUUACAUGAAUAUGUCACCUAUCAGUGCGCGCUCUGUAAACGGUAGCCCCCCACCUUCAGAUCACGCUAGCCAAUUGGAGACCAGUUCUCAACAGCAGGUCCCCAAGAUGGUGUACUCUUACUAUUCGCUUCCCCGUUCAUACAAACACAAUCCCUCUUCCAGACACUUUGACGAUGGUCCCGGACGUGGCAGAAGGCCAAACGGGGGAAGUGGUAGGGGAGGUAGGACAAUCGGGGGACGUCAGGAGCCGACUGCCGUGAACAGUUCAAUGUCAGGACGACACCUGUCGCUUUCCUCAUCCUCGUAUUCGUCCAGCUCAGCCAGCAGUGAAAGUCUAGGAGAAAGCGAGGAAAGAGCAGCAAGCGGCAUGGCUCCCACCCCUAAAGAUGGGACUAAGCUCCAGCAGCGACGAGGCUCCACUGGGUUACCAAAACACAGUAUCCACUCUCGAAGCAGACCUGUGAGCUUGUUUGUUGAUGUAUCCAAAGCCAACACGCUUCCCAGGGUCCGUGAGAACCCCUUGCCCCCAGAACCUAAGAGCCCUGGCGAGUAUGUCAGUAUUGAGUUUAAGGGAGAUAACGGCAACCAGCCUGGGGUCGGAGGAGGGCGUGGCCGUGUUCUCAGGAAUGCAUCCUCUAACCCUCAAGGUACAAACAACCAACAUCCUCAACACAGACCCGUGUCUUGCCUCGGGAAUUUUAACCCCCUGCCCCGCAGCCCGUCUGCGCCCGUUACCCCUCCAGCUGCUUCUGAGUAUGUCAACAUGGACUUGGGCCCUUCUCCAUCACCCUCGCCGCAUACCCCGCUGAUGUUCCCUCCUUUCCACACCCCUCCCACACCUCCAACUUUGGCUCUCGCUUCCAAAGUUCCUGAUGCCGAAUCAACUGUCCCUUGUGAAGAGGCGGCGGCAAUCGCCGAGGCGCCGCUAAGGAAAACCCGAGAGACGGUCCCAGAGUCUGAGUCCCCCACGUCGUGCGGGGACUACACAGUGAUGGCAUUCAGCCUGAACAAUACCACUGCUCCUAGGUCGUCCUCUAGCGUCUCACCAAAAGCUCCUUCCCCGACAAGGACUGAACCCUCUGUCGCACCACGGGGUUUAGACUUUGCUUUAGCCAAAACGGGUCCCAACCCGGAUCACGGAGCCAAAGUCAUCCGUGCCGACCCCCAAGGACGUAGAAGACAUUGCUCUGAAAGCUUCGUCGCCUCAUCUUCUCUCUCCACUCCGGGUUCCACCUCCUCUUCGUCAACUGCCUCACUCUUCCCAGAACAAACCGGAACCCGGCGACAGGGCUUCGAAGGCACACCGUGGCGCAAUUGCACCGUCCCAGACGCAUCCGCGCAGUCGCCUGUCCCUGGACAGCAACAGGUGGUCACCACGCAACCCCCCAUCACGGAGCAAGGCCUUAACUACAUAGACUUGGACCUGGCCAACAAGGAGAGCCCUCACUUAGGCCUGGAUGGAACGCCGGGAAGCCAGGCUCCCGCGCGCCUCUUUUCAGCUUUGGCUGCAAAUCCCGUCGGAGGAGGGGCCGUGGCUGCCGGCAGCUCCAGCGUCAACACCUAUGCCAGCAUUGACUUUUACAAAUCCGAGGAGUUGCGGACUCAUCAAAACGGAAAUAAGGAGGGAACAGAGUGCUGAUGCCAGCGACGUCGUCCUUGGAGGAACAAUCUGGUAGCGCUCAAAUGUCUACUCUUUGGAUGCGCCCUUGGAGAAAAACUGUCUUGAAUUUUCUCGCUAUCCUGAGAGACGUCCGCAAAGAAACUAGCUUUCAUUCCGUUAGUGCGAGCCAAUCAGAGAAGUGCCUAUUUCAGACUUUGGACACGUUUCCAAAACAAGACAAAUCAAACGUUAUAUAUGAGCUUUUAUUUUUUAGCCAUCGGGUUGAUGUUGACACAUUUAGCUAAUGUUGCGCCACUGUUAUUCUUCUCCUCAAAGGUUUUUUGCCAAGAAAUGGAGCCAUACGCCGCAAGUAUUUCCGAAAACAAGUAGCAAAAAAAAACAUUUACCUCUCACACAUAACUUUCAUGCUCGUGCAUACUGUAUUUUCCGGUGUAUAAGUCGCAUUAACGUACUAAAAUAAAAUAUGUACUCAUUGAAAGCGAUAGAUGGAGCUUAUGCUGAAAAUUAUGACAACAUUUUCUCACAUUUAGCGCCGCAUCAGUGUUUAAAAUGUGCUGUGAAAAUUUUAGAGUCACUUUUUUUGGACAUUUACGACAUUAUUUAGCAAUUUAAAUAUUUAUUUUUAAAUAACAAGUAUUAGGCUUAAAUAUUUAAAACCAGAACUAAUUUAAAUCUUAAAUGUAAAUCUUACAUAUAUAUCUUAAAUGUAAAUGUUAAAUAUAAAUCCUUAAUCUAAAUGUUAAAUCUAAAAUGUUAAAUCAAAUCCUAAAUCUAAAUCUUAAAUAUAAAUCUUAAAUCUAAAUGUUAAAUCUUAAUCCUAAAUCUAA